GGGUUCUUUCUGUUUCCGGAGGCGGCUGUUUGGGGGAGGGGGGAAAACAACAAUAGACCCCGCUACCAAUUCCUCCGACGGCUCCUUUUUGGGGGUUUUCCUCCUGGAAGGGUCUCAGGAAGUCGCUCUCUCUCCCGCUUCUGCCUAUCUAUGCUGCUUCCAUCGCCGCCAUCAUGAUGCCCGUAUUCAAAAGCAGCCGGAGAGAUUUCACUUUCGGGCCGUGGAAGCUGACGGCCGCUCGGACCCACAUCAUCAAGUCGUCGGAGUCCGAGAGAAUUGCUGAAGAACUACACAUCCCUUGUGUUCCAGAAAUGAUGUUUGGAGACAAUGUCUUAAGAAUUCAGCAUGAAUCUCUCUUUGGGAUAGAGUUCAAUGCAACCGAUGCUUUAAGAUGUGUAAAUAACACUCAAGGCAUGGUUAAAGUUGCCUGUGCAGAGGAGUGGCAAGAAAGCAGGUCUGAGCCUGAGCACACAAAGGAAAUUGUUAAACCAUAUGACUGGACCUAUACAACAGAUUACAAAGGAACUCUUCUAGGUGAUACGUUAAAGUUAAAGGUUUCUCCCACAACAGAACAUAUAGAUACAGAGAAACUAAAAGCCAGGGAACAGAUUAUGUUCUUUGAGGAAAUACUGCUGUUUGAAGAUGAACUUCAUGAUCAUGGAGUUUCAAGCCUGAGUGUAAAAAUAAGGGUAAUGCCUUCAAGCUUCUUUGUGCUCUUGAGAUUUUUCCUGCGAGUUGAUGGUGUGCUUAUCAGAAUGAAUGAUACAAGGAUUUAUCAUGAGGCUGAUAAACACUACAUGUUACGGGAAUACACCUCGAGGGAAAGCAAAAUAUCAAGCUUAAAGCAUGUUCCUCCACCCCUGUUCACGGAUCCUAAUGAGGUUGCUCAGUAUUUAUCUGUCAAGGAGAACAUAUGUGAAAAGUUGGAGUUCCCCGAGAAUUUGCAUCCUGAAUCUGAAGCAGCACCAGAAGGCACUUAAGUGGGAUCUCCGUAAUUUUGUGGACUUGAAACAGACCUUGUUCUGGAGACCAUGUAAUGCCUUGGUCAUUGACACUGAAGAUUUAUCUACUUGCUAGAUACAGAUCUAUUUGGAUGUCCGACUAAAAUUUCUGUAGCUGUGGAUGGGCAAGAGCAGGGAGCUAAUGUCAAACCUUUGCUAAUGUUUUCAUUGUGUCUAUUUCAAAUGUGCCCUGAAACCGGUUCUGGACUGGAGUUACCUGACAUUGGAGAAUAAGCCCGCAAAUCACCAGUAAUUCUUUUGAAGCAUACAGCAUUCCAAGAAAGUUUAGUGGGUUUAGGAAAAAUCAAGACUCAUUCAUAAGCUUGAACAGCUACCAAGAACUUUGUUUUAACAUAGUCUUUGUUAUACAAGGGCCUUGUUUCAUCAGAGUCAUAGGACAAAGCACAUUGAUCACUGAUGCUUGGUAAGUUUUUGGAUCUCAGUGGAUGGUAUUACUCUUUUAAUCAGUUGCAUGUUGUCUGUCUUUAAAUAAGAAAUACAUGAGAAACACUGUUUGGUCUGGUUCACGUGCAACAUUAAACCGUAGUUUAAAAUAAACUGGUUUUGCAUAAAUGAGCUCUCCCUGGCUUCUGUCUGUGGCACACAGAGGAGGAAACAAGCCUGGGUUGGGCAUGUUGGAACAUGUGACCCUCUGCUUGUGAUUUGAUUCUUUCCAAACCAUGAGUGGUAAACGCAGAAGAAACCUUGGCUUCCACUUACGGUUGGUGUAGCUUAGUCAGAAGUGGUGGGUGAUUUCAUGGGUGAAAUAAGAACAUAUAAAGUAUGGUUUAAUUUGGUAUGCGAACUAGGCAGAUGCCUUCUAAAUUAAACUAAGGGCAGCACUGAGUGUUGCAUACUGCUCAUGGAGCAAGAUUUCACUGUCCUACCCAAACAUACCUCCAAAAUCUCACCCUCUGGAGCAAACUGAGGAUGCUAGGGGGGCUGCAAUGAGGAGAAGGGGAAUGUGAAGUCCUGUUGUGUGAGCAAAAGUCUGUUCCACUCUCACAGACAUCAUUAAGUACAACACAAUGAUCGUUUCAUAGAUCUUGGAAAAGCAAUUUAACAAAAGUUUGGAGGCAAAGUGGAACUCUGUUUGCAAAUUGGGGCUUUCUUCGCUCCUCCCCCUACAUUCCGCCAAAAGCAGCUCUCGAGGACUGAGGGUCCCUCAAAAUUCAGUGGAACAAAGGAAUUGGGGAAAAAAUGGACAGGGCUUCCAAUGUGCAUGCAGAAGUCCCAUUUCCAUUUGUGCAAGAUACCUUUGGAUCCAAGUCAAAGAGUUGCAUAAUAAGUGUGGUCCAGUGGUGUUUCACAGUGGGUUGCUUUCUAACAGUUUUGAUGGAGUUGGUUCUUAAGUCAUUUUUAAUAGCGAGUAAUCAUUGAAAUGGAUUGCACAGUACCAUAUUCUUGAUAAAAGUUACCUCCCAUUAAAAUAAUAAUAAUCCUGGGAAUUAAUAUUGAUUACAUUGCCAGAAUAGGUAAAUUCAUGUGAUUCCUGUAUAUGAUGUCAGUAAUUUACUACUUAGUAGUCUACUUCAAAUAUGUUUAACUUAAAACAAUUGUUGUUGUUGUUUAGUCGUGUCCGACUCUUCGUGACCCCAUGGACCAUAGCACGCCAGGCACUCCUGUCUUAAAGCAAUUACAAACUCAUAUUUGUGUAUUGAGAGAGUACUCUGCUACCAAGCCCUUUUCCUGCUCUUCUAAUGAGCUGUAUAUUUUGGAUGAAAACCUGUGUUUCAUGUGUUUUGUUCUGGUCCUACUGUUUAUUUCUAAUAAGAAAAGAGAUUAAUUGUACUGCUUGCAGGAGACAGGGGAAGUGUGUUGUGCGUUUUCCCACCCCUCAAAAGUAAGGUGCGUUUUCCCAUCCCUCCAAUGGCAGUGGAAGUUUAGAGAGAUCCUGCUAAUAGCAUAUGCAUUUCUGCUGCCAUGACAGUAUUUCUUUGGUUUCACAUGACGGUGAAGAGUCUGAGCAACUGUUUCGGGGUUGCUUGUUUUUCUGUGCCACCAAUUCAUUUUUCAAUGGUGAGCAAGAGUUUCUUUUUCUAUUCUACAUUUACUCACUUCUAAAACCUAUCUGCUUUGGAGUUUCAAAGCAAUCAAAGGUUAUGCAUGUUUAAUAGGAGUUCCCUUGAGCAUUGUAGGACUUAUUUCUGAGUACAUAUGCAUAGGAUCGGAAUGCUGAGUUUUAAAGCAUACUAAGGCGGAUACCAAGGGAUCAAUGGUAAAAAGGUCACCACUGAACAUACCUGCAUAUGGAAGACUUUGACUUCAUGCAAAUCAUUCAGUGAUGCAGUUUGCACUGCAAAGCGAUUCUUCUAAAGAAUUGAGUAUGUAUAACCUGUAAAUAACAUGCAUGUGUUGACACCACAAUUUAUGCAGAUGGUCAACUGAUUCUGUAUUUCUUUGGAAUCUCUCAGUAGCUCGUACUGUUAAUUUUGUUGUGGCUACCUUUCUCUUCUUUCUCUUCUUUCAUUAUUACCAGUCAUAUAAUAAACAGAACAAAGAUGAUGAUUGCUUGACCUAGGGAAGGAACCCGGGAGAAAUAUACAGAAAGUUUCCACAGGAUAUUCAGUGAAAAGGAAGGACAAAGGAAGGACAAGCAAGUCUCUUGUGCUAAAGAUACCCUCAGUAUCUUUAGCACAAAUCCCACUGAAAUGGAGGGAAAUUUCACUGUAUUUCAAUGGGAUUUGUGCAGUUUUAAGAUUUUCACACACAAAGGCAUCUCAUAUUGUCCUUUAGGCAGCCAAAUAAGUGAUGGUUUGUACUAUAAUCAGCUGUUGCUAAAUAAAAAUGUAUGCCACAUUUUAAUCUCUCUCAACUUUCAGUUGUCUUUACUGUGAGAAAGAAAUAUUUUCCUUAAGUAGCCGGGUAAUAACAUUAGAUUGAUCUAAAGCUCUGUUGUAGGAAGGGGAAACUGGUUCAGCUGUUCAAUUGGACUCCAGUUCCCAUCAGCCCUAGCCAGUGUGGCCAAACAUCAGGGCUGGUGGGAGUUCUGGUAGCAACAUCUUUAGGGUCACAGGUUCACUACCACCUCCCUUAUAGUGUCCAUAAAUUCUACAGGUGGGAUUGUAUUCUGUUAGCUACCUCGAUGGCCAGUUUGGAUGCUAUUACAAGAUCACAUGUGGAAGGGAAUGUGUGAGGGACAGGGGAUACCGGGAGGUCCCUCCCAUCUUAAGUACCAGCUCAUCGCCAAGCGCUGGGGAAAGCAGGGAGAGUUCCGCCUCCAGCGGAGACUCAGGAAGUGGUGUCCGAGGCUCAGGCAAGGUAGCGGAGCCCAUGCCCAAGGUGGGACAGGAAGGGGGGAGCAAGGGGGGAAGGC